GUUCAUCGAACGGGGUACCCAACUCGUUAGUUAUAAUGCACCUUGUUUCUACCCAUUGCAACAUCUCUUCAGCGGGAAUUUCCCAAUCUAAACAUGGCACUGAUAAGUGAAAAUAAGUACCCGUCGAUGGGCUCAGUAUCAGAUAGAUAAUGAGAACAGUUGUAUUUAAUAUCAUCGCAGGAUCGCUGGUAAACAGGUAUAGCACGAUAAACAGACAGACAUCGCUGUCCGAGGCGUCUCUAGCUAUCACAAAAUGGGAAUCAAAGAUACUUCACUGUUUUGGAAAGUUGGAAUAUGUCUGCAGGCUUUUGGUAGACUGGGUGCGUGCGGCACGGGCAAUGACGGGUAUCUCCCUAGGUUUUAACCUGACGACCAUCGGCCUGUCUCUGGUCGGAGCUUUCUACCCCACCAAGAUGGCUAGCCUAGCAGCCGCGGCCACAGCGGCUGUGUCUG